AAUGUAAAUAAUUCCUCAUCUCUUGAAUAUAGAACUGUAGUAUUUUUCUUUCUUGGCAGCGUGUGUUAUCAACUGUUGAUAGUUGGUCGUUUGACAUCUUCAACUUUGACAAGCUAAUAGCAGGGAAAUCGCUUUUCCAUCUAGCUUUACAUUUGUUCCAAGAUUACGGCUUCUUAGAUAUAUUCAACAUUGAUAUAAUAAAGUUGAUGCGGUGCCUCAGUUCAAUAGAAGAUGGUUACCAUGACAGCAAUCCGUACCACAAUUCCUUGCACGCAGCAGAUGUUACCCAGGCAAUGCAUUGCUACCUGAGAGAGAAAGAGUUAUAUAAUUGUGUUCUUCCAAUAGAAGCAAUGGCAGCUCUUUUUGCCUCUAUGAUGCAUGACUUGGAUCAUCCAGGAGUGAACCAAGCUUACCUCAUAGCAACAACUAAUGUCUUAGCAUCUCUUUAUGAAAAUAACUCAGUUCUUGAAAACCAUCACUGGAGGUCAGCCGUUGGUGUGCUACACGAAUGCGGAAUCUUCGACCAUUUUGAUGCACAUCAAUGGGGUCUUCUUGAAUGGCAGCUGAAGUCCUUGAUUCUGGCUACAGAUAUAACCAGGCAGCAAGAAUUUAUCCGGAAAUUCAAGGAGUACCAAGAUGAUCCCAAUUUCACAAUCAAGAACAAUGCUAAUCAUAGACAUUUUGUGAUGCAGAUCGCCAUGAAAUGUGCCGAUAUCAGUAACCCGUGCCGGCUGUGGCCUGCCAGUAAGCAAUGGAGUGAGAAAAUCUGUGAAGAGUUCUUCCUACAAGGUGACUGUGAGAGGAAAUUAAAACUGCCUAUCACACCAAUGUGCGACAGAUAUUCAACGUCUAUGGCGAAAAUACAGGCCGGUUUCAUGGAGCAUGUUGUUUACCCCUUAUUUCACGAAUGGCGGCGUUUUAUGCGGUCGGAACUGUCGAAGAACAUGUUAGAUAACGUGAAGACGAACAAAAACCGUUGGGAAAAAGAAAGGGCCGUAGAGUUACAGAAAGAAGCCGAACUGAACGAGGAGCAUACGUCCGGAAGUUUGUCUUCUGUGUUUGAACAAGAUGAACUGAACGAGGACAGCAACGUAAAUGGCGAUACGGACAACAGCGAGUCAGAGGAAGGGGAUAUCAUUGGAGAAACCCGAUUCCUCUCCACAUUACCGUCCAGGCACGGCUCCUUGGAUCAUUCAGAAAGUCUCCGAAGUAAUUCUCCCAUAAUGGAAAACCGAGAGAACUUUGUUCCUGGUUCACGUCGACAUAGUCUGCCGUUGAGUUACUUUCGGCGUGAGUCGAUCCGUGUUACGGUGAGGAGAGAGAGUUUCCCGCAUGUACAACGAUCUCGACGAAACGUACCUCGCAAUAACUUUUUCCAUGCUACCUCUUUUGAAGGGUUUUUCCCCACCACUAAAAAAAGUAUCUCGAUCGAGAGUGUACUGGGUCGUCCCAAAAUUACUACUCUAAGCCCCAGUUCCGAAGCGAGUAGACUCGCUUCAAGACUGUUUUCUUCAGACCCCCAUUUAGCACAACGAAGUCAAAUGCCCUCAGCAAACGGACAAAAAGCAGCCACACGUUUAACUUCUCUUUUAGCAUUAACGGCAAUAAGCCCUCCCGCUGAGAUUGAAUCGUGUCCUUUUCAGGCAUUCCAGUCACGAACAGUACUUGCUCCUCUAUCGGGUAACGCUCAAGAAACUACAGGUAGGGAAUGGUGGCAAACUAGGGACCCUAUUCUCAACCCUUUACGAAGGGUUUCUGCCAUAGACUUCACGUUUCAAAUAAAGGGUCAAGUUUUGGGUUCGCAUGGAGAUAUGUCUUCAACAAGCCAAAGCAAGAUGGUACCAGAUCAGACAAAGGCAGAUAUAAUACAUGUAAGUCAAAGCGAGCCCACAAAACUAUCAGAACGCACAAGACGAGCAUCCGAUGAGGAGUCUCUUUAAAGUGUUAUUAAAUCCUCAUUUCUAAUAUUUGUGGAUUUUUUAAAAAAAGUAUUUUUAAAUUAAAUUGAACAGGAAAUCCAACAAAAGAUCAGACAAUUUACCAAAAAACAAAAAAAAUAAAUAAACAAGAAUAAAAUCUUCAUAAUUCAUUGGUAAAAAGACUUCAUCUCUCAAUUAAAUAAAGUGGUUUGAAAGAACGACUGAAAAAAAACAGAAAACAGUUUUUUUUUGGAGGUCACCUAAAAAAA